GGGCGCAGGAGCCCGGAGGGCAUAUUUGGUCACGUGACUUUUGUCUAUUGAGAAGUUCUCUCCCUCUCGAUGCCUUCUACACAGUAAUUGUCACGUGGUUUGUGUGAGUAAAUUUCAAGAGCCUUGAUCAAAUCGUCCCAGGCGCCCUGUUUUCACUGUCAUCCAUAAAGUGGGGGGGGGGGGGGCUAUUUCACUGUAUGACACUAUGUGAUGUUAGCGGUAUCAUGAUGUUUGGUUUCUAUGGAAAACUUAAAAAUUCUGGUACUCAACAUGGGAUGAUGUCGGUUGGUCACACAUCAGUUUGCUGAUGUUUCCACUUUCCAUGUAAACUGAAACCCAAUACCAUGACCAUGACACCAGGAGCAUUGGGUAGCAUUAAGCAGUGAAACAGGGUCCAGGCCCAGGGCACUAAAGAGUUGUAAGAAAUGAUAUAUAUUCUGCACCAACACUUAACCAAUGAGGAUACUAUAUAAUAGGCUAACUUGCCUCUCUGCAACAUUGGUCAUGCUGAAGGUUUUUUUCAGAAGUGGCUGUUUGGUGGGUGGUAACUGCAUCAAAAAAGCUAUCAAGUAAUAUAAGCUAAAUAUGGCUCAUACCAUGGAAUGGAGGAAAAGAAGAAAACAAUGACAGCUCAGUAAUGAGGGAGAAAACCACAGAUUCUUCUGAUCCUAAAUGCUUUCCAAUAUCCCAGUAUACCAGCAUGACCUGUGGUUAAAUUGCUAGAGCAUACCACUAUUGGUGGUGAAACUUGAAAGUGUGUUUGUCCUGGUGGUGGGAACUACAGUUGACAGUUGGAGUUAGGUCUUCAGAGUCCAGACAGACUAUACUGUAUGGGCAGCUCUAAUUUUGACAUUUUUAUACACCAGGCAACUAUAUUUUCUGUGGUGGAUAGGUGAUUUAUAAGCACCUUAAAAAUAGCUGUCAGUGAAAUAGAAGCUCCUUGUCCCAUAAAACUGACAUGCUUAAAUUUAAGGAUGUCAAUUUUGAUGUAAUAGGAUUUAAAUCAUCAUGGAAGGCUAAAAGCAAACAGUCAGAGAGUGGCUCUCAAACAGAACCAUUGAAGAUAGAGGAGAGUGAAACCCAGACAAUUGGCCACGAUGAAAAAGAGAGUCAGACGGACCCGGAGCCGGAGGUGGUGGUGCCGCCCGCCGACGCCGCCGUGCAGCCCUCGCUGGUCGCCUUCCUCGGCCGCGCCGUGCCGCUCGUGCUGCGCGAGCUGGAGCGCUCGGAGAAGUCGCGCGCCUUCGACGGCUACCAGCUGAUCGAGGAGGAUGACGACCAGCCGGUGCGGCGCCUGCUGACGCUGCGGCUGGCCGGCCGGCCGGCCGACACCGGCACCACUGGCGACCAGGUGUCGUGCCUGUCGUGGAGCUGCACCGGCUCGGUGGUGGCUGUGGGGUACGGCGCCGGCGAGCACCAGUCCUGGUGCGAACACUCGACCUCACUGGCGCUCUGGAACGUACACCGGAAAGAUCUGAACCCGAACCAGCCGUACCAGAAGCUGGAGCUGCGCUCCUGCGCGAGCUACUGCCGGUUUCACCCCAGCGAGCCGAGCGUCCUCGCCGUCGGCAUGGUCACAGGCGAGCUGCAGCUGUACAACCUGUCCCGUGAGGAGGACCCGCUGCUGGGCACCACGUCGGGCAUCAUCCAGGGCCACCGCGAGCCGGUGAGCGCGCUGCACUGGCUGGCCCGCUCGGCCGGCUACAGCCUGGUCUCGGCCUCGCGCGACGGCCGCAUGCUCGUCUGGAAGUACUCCGAGGCCAAACAGCAGCUGCAGCUGGUCAAACAGUUCCAGCUGAUGGCUGGCCAAGUGCCGCGCUCGGCCGGCCGGCGCGCCGCCAGAGCUGACUCAGAGGCUGGGCUGACGGCACUGGCCUUUAGCCACGACAACCCGGACCAGUUCACCAUCGGGUCAGAGGGCGGCGGCGUGUUCCUCUGCUCGUUCGCCUCCGAGGUGCCUAUCACCGCGAUGACCGGUGAGCGCACUGAGGGCCUUCUAAACCCGGUGACGUCGACGUUCGAGCCGCACCAGGGCCAGGUGCUGGUGCUGCAGUGCUCAAAGUUCCACAGGAACAUCUUCAUAUCGGCCGGCUCGGACAACGAAGUGCGCGUCUACAACACACUACAGAUCUCUCCGCUGCUGUCCAUCAGUCUGGAGGCGGAGGUGACGGCGGCCGCGCUCUCGCCCUCCCGGCCGCUGGUCGUGUUCGUCACCACUGGCAGCGGCGAGCAGCACCUGUUCGACUUCACCCGCCGCGGCGCGCCACUGCACACCAUGCGACUACACGAGAAACCGCUGGUGGUCACCGCGCUGCGGCUCAACGACAAACAGCCCAGUCUGCUGGCGACCGGCGACGCCAAGGGCGCCGUGCACGUCUGGUCGCUGGCCACCGAGUACGUGUCGCCCAAGACGCACGAGCUGGCUGAGAUCAACCGGCUGGGCGGCGUUCAAACGGAUGGCUAGAGACCGCAGUCAUCUGAACGCUCCCCGCCGACCGCCGCGCCGGAUAUCUAGUCAAGCAGGAAAUCCUCGGCGGCACCCCACAUACAGCACACGGCACGCACACCAUCCCAGCCACAGCAGACGCCGCCACGAUAUAAGUGGGUUUCGUGUGAUAUAUUUGUAAUCUAGUCCGUCCACGGCUGUGCCUCGACUUCUGCUGCGGGCUCCCGAUGUGGUUACUGUGUGUUCACUGCGACAACGCAUCGACUACUGCACGCGUGAUGGUUGCGUUUAUUUGAAACGCAUGAUCUCAGCUGUACCUAUAUCGAUCUCAUUUAUUUUACUCACGUGACGUUACGACACCUGAUAAGUCAGUUCAUAUGGUGCGGCCUUUAUUGCCUCACCCUAGGACAGCGGAUUGGCCUGUUGAUUUCACGGUUAUCCAUAAUUGAAGUCAACGAAAUACACUUAUGGAUUACA